UUAACUUUAACUUUGGUCGUGAAAACAACGUUGUACGGUACGGUUUUUGGCGCGUGUUCCCCCUUCCGCGCUCUUCAAACGUUUAAACGUCUUUGUGGAUUUCGUUUGGGAUUGUUUGUUAUUAUUAUGAUUGCAUAUAACAGAAAAUAAAAAAAAAACAAAAUAGUGUCAAAUUAAUGUAAUGUGUCAUCGUAUCUUCUCUUUCUGUGCAAAGAUUUAAGCGUGUUGAAAAAUUGCGUGAUCAUAAAGAAAGCCGAAAUUUUUUGAGAAAACCCCAUAAUAAGUGAUUUUGUUGCUUUUAAGCAAGAGUUUUAAAACAUCAGAAUUGUAAAAAACAAACAACAAAAAUUGAUAUUUUUAUCUUUGUGCUCAUCAACAUCAUUCACAAAAAGGGGUAUAAAAACUCCAUGGAUUCUUAAACAUUUUACAAAAGAUUUUGGAAUUUUGACAACAAUAUCAACAAUUUUACUUAUGAUUGAAAUGAUAUGAAAAAAAUCUUUAGCUACAACACCAAUACCGCCACAAUAACAGACGUCAAGAAACUUUUGAACUAAACACAACAAAAGAGUAAGGGAAACACGAUUUUGAUUGGCGUGUGGGUGUAAACCCUAGCAAAUCGACUUACUUACAACUCUAUGGGCUUUCAUUUCGCCGCUGCCCAACACUGUUUCAAUGUAAAUGUCUGCAACGCAUAAAUCGAUAGAUCGAAUUUGAAAAAAAAAAACAAAAGAUGCCAUUGUAAAAUGUUUCAAUACUCUGACCGACAACAAAUACCACGAAAUCCGUACCAAAGUUUUUUUCCAUAUAACGAAAGAGAGAAGCAUUUUUGCUGAGACUUAACUAGGGUGGCAGUUCUUUGCUUUAACCUUUCCCCCCCUUGGGCAGCCUCAACCCAAACUUCCCGAGAAGAAACCAAGAGAAUAGAAAAAACACAACACACACACACACACACAAAAACCAACGAAUUUAUUUUCUUAAGCACAAACGAUUUUGCAUAAAAGCAGGGAAAAAGGAAGUUUUCCUGGUAACCGCCCCCUGUCCCCCAAGACCCUCUUUACUGGUGUGGUGAAUUUUUGUAACUGAAACUUUCCCUCGCAAAAGGCACACGCAGUGUAAAACACAGGCAUUUGAAAUGCCUACAGAAUUUGAGCGAAGUGCAACUUCGCCUUCGGCAAAUGGUGUGACGGCCUCAGCAGCGCUGAUUGCCUCCGAAUCAAGUCAAUCAUCAUCACAACAUUUCACAGAGGAGGGAGGAGUUGCGACUCUGCAAACAUCGGUCAUGGAGGGCGAUAUGUCGACAUCACAAACAUCGACUACAUCGAACAGCAGCAGUUGUAAUGGUGGCAGAAAAACGUCCAUUACUUCUCCCGAUCCUACGGCCUAUGUGGCAAAGGCCCGAGUCACUAGGCCUACACCACCGCCACCACCCUAUAAUCCCAUGCAAUUUGUACAAAUCAAACCAUGCAAUUUAUAUCAAACAGCACAAGAACAAUUAAAGAAAGCCGAAGAGGUGAAAAAAAUCAAGGAGAUACGCAAGGAAGAACCAGAGGAUUGGCAAAAUAAUCUGGACAAUUGGAAGUCAUCACGUAGAAAACGUGUUGAGCACAUCAUCGAUCGUGUGGUGGAGGUUAAGAAAUUGGAAUUGGAAGAACAUGAUCGCACUCGCAGAAAAUCGAAAACAUUUUCCGAAAUGAUUGAAGAUAGAGUUGAUCGCGUUGGCCGACCUGCUCUCAAAAAAUUAGCCUCUUUGGCUGUCUACACCGAAGAUGAGUCGAACGAUUUAAGCGAUUUGGGUAUUGGCACCAGUAGUGCCAGCGGCAAAAGCAGUUUAUCUGAGGACUACGAUAACAAUAGUGUUAUGAGUGACAACGCCGCCGAACUGGACAAAGCCAUAUCGAAUAGCAAUCAUAAAGCCCCCACAGAUAGCACAACACGAGAAUACAUUUCAUCACCUGGCUACGAGACCUCUUCCAGCACAGCACCGGCUAGCACACCGGAUCCAUGUGAAUACACCUACGAGGGUGCCAUACAAGAUUACAAACAGCGCGUCUCUAGGGCAGCAGCUGCCUCCGGUCCCACCUCACAGGUUUUGAGUAAGCUAACCAUAACAACACAACAACAGCAGCUGCAGCAACACAACUCUAAGGAAUCCACACCUGAACGAACUGGCAAGGAAAGCAACAGCAAUAGCUCCACAUCAUCAUAUCCUCCCCGACGAGGUAGUAAAAUUGAGGACCGCCUCAUAGGUUUUGAGGUACAAUCGCCCAGCGAAGAGUGUUUGGUAUUGGGUGAAAAGGCUAAAGUUGAUGUACCAAAAAUUGAUAUAUCCAAGCGCAAGGAAAUCUUUGAGUCGCAGGCAGCUAAUGAAACCAAAACCCAAACAUCUACUGAGACGAGAAUAACCACCACAAGCAGUGUCUCUGUGCCCAGGGUAACACUGAGAGAUCGUUUCAAGCCGCAGGAAGAACAAACGGCAGAUCUCCACGAAUUGCCAGCAGCCAAAAAGGACGUUAGACGCUUGUCCGGUGACAUAACGAGCAUUAAGGAGCGCCUGCAAAGCUUGGAGCAGCAAAAGCAAUUAGUCAACGGUGCAAAUGGUGGUGCCAGCAAACCUACUGCCAAUAAAUUAGUCGAUAUACCAGUGCCACCGCUAAAAGAGCGAUUAUCUAGUUUACAAAACGCCGUAACCAAAGAGGAAGUUAUACGCAAGGCCCCUGUAGCUCUGGUCGAUGCUCGUCAGCUGGAGAUUAUGAAAAUCGAAGAGGAGAAAGCCAAAUUGACCAUCAAGGAAGAGGUAAAGAAGCAGAGUGCUACAAACUCUAGCACCACCACGACAGUUAUACAAAACGAAUUCAGUGAAGUAGAUCGCGACGACAGUGGUAUUCAUACCGCCGAUGACAUAGACGUCCACGAGGAACGUCUGAAUACCGAGCAUAUCAAAAAGGAACAGGAAUUCAAGCUAAACGCCGCCAUUGAAGCCUUGGCCAUGGAAGAGAAACAAUUUGCCGAGGCCGCCAAUGCGGUCAAUCAAAUCGAGGCCGAAUUCGAAGAGCUCACCUUGGGCUCUUCGGUGGCCCUGCCACCGCUGGCCUCUAGCAACGGGCCUGCCUCUACGGCAUCCUCCACCAGCAUUACUAAUGAUCAUAUGGAAUAUAGUGUAAGUUCUACUAACCAACAAAAACCAAAUAUCCCUUGCUUAGACCCCCACAAUCCCCCUAGCCAGAGUAAUGGUCCUGUUAACAGUAGUAACACUUGUAGUAGUAGUAGUUGUAAUAAUUCUGCGGUGAAGGAUAGUGAGGUGCCUUCUAAGAUUUCCAAUCUUAGGCGCAAGCCCACCAAUGAGAUGGUGCAUGCCAAAAAUCUUUUGAGAAUUUUCAAGGAUACCUUUCAGAAUGACAUAGAAUUGGAUGAAGAUGAUGCUGGACAAGAACAAGAAACCAAGGGAAUACCCAGGCAACAAGUUGUGAUUGCACAGGGCAAGAUUUUGAAUUUAAAUGCGAAAAACGAGGAAAAUCAACAGUUAAAUGGGGGACAAGAGAAGGUGGUGCAUUUAAAUUCCCUAGAAUUGGCCAAUGAGGAUAAAGGCUCAGUUGUGGCUACCUCUAAGACUCCCCUUAGUCCCUUGUUGGCUAGAAAUAAUACCAAUUCGCCCCAACUUGUUUCCACUACCAUGAUUCCCCGUUGUGUUACACCCUCGGGCAAACCUCCCAUGUCUCCCCUUACCAUAAGAUCCACCACCAAGUUUCGAGAGGAAACUCCUCCGGGCAGUCCCUUGGCUAAUCGCAAACAUGAUUCCCAGUUCAGCAUAAAUGGAAGGGUGGAAAUUUUCAAUUCCAAGCAAAUGAGCCAGGAGAUCGCCCAUCCCAAACCCACCUCUCCCAUUAUAACCACAAAGAUAACAUAUUUGCCCCAGAUUACCACCAGCAGUAAGCCCAGCGGUAUUGCUGCCACAACAACACCAAAGAGUUCAGCUGCUGUGACCAGCAAUAUCGGGUUACCGUCAGGCGAACACAAACAAACAGCUGGAGAAUCUGCACACCACCAAGCAGUGACUGAAGCUACAACUACGACUUUGACUACGACAGUUAUUGAGCCGCCUUUGUCCACCGAACAAGUAAUGCUGGCAAAAGUUGCCGCCACAAAAUCAAUGUUUGAAGCGAAAUCAAUGCCAUCACGGCAAAUGGGUAAUGAACCUCAUGUUACCAAAGUACCAGCAAUAGAUAAAGCCCAGCCAAGCAAAGCAAAGCCAACUCAGAGCCAUGUUGUUGCUACUGUUGCUCCUGCCGCUGGUGGUGCCGGUGGUGCAUUCAAGCAGCAACAACCGCAACCAGCAGCACAGCAACAACAUCAGCAACCUGAGGUUGUUGUUUGCGCUCCACCCAUAACGAUUGUCAAUCCAGAUGAGUUACCGAAACCCAAUACAGUUAAAAACCUUUCUAGUUGCUUUCAGCAAGCCGAUGCCUCAGCUUCUGGCGCUGGUGGUAAAUUGAUAUCGCCCAAGCCAUUGGCGGCUCGUUCACGCAUACCUCAAGCCACGCCACCGCAAUCCCCAAUUACAGUUAAGCGUAACAUCGCAGAGAAAUCAACGGCAACGACAACGGUGGCAACAAAUGGUUCAUUGCAUCCGUUAGAUGAAAACAAGAAACUAUCGUUGAUCUCUUCCUCAUCAUCUUCGACGGCUUCCACAGUAAUUGAGGUCAAUAAAACCUUGUCGGUGAUGUCAAAUUCCUCAACGCAAUCGAGCGAGUCGAGGGAAUCGGCCAUAUUGCCACCCACAAUAGUGCAGACCAAUGCCCAAAUACACAAUGAGCCCCAGAAGGAGGAGGAGAAAUUGCCAGAAUCGAAGACCACACUGGCAAAUGAGAAGGACCUUAAGCAGGUAGCCUCAAAGGAAACAACAGUCAAGGCCCUAGAUAAGCCCACACCUCCUGCCAGGCAGCAAGUAGAACAGCAGAAGAAAUCUUUUGACAAUCAAACCAUACUGGUAGGCCAGCCAGCCAAGGCCAGCCAAGAGGAGUUAGUAAGGGCUGACAAACCUGAAACUCCCAAAUCCAAUGACUCUGCUGCGGUACCAAAAACCCCCGAAGAUAUUGAUAUGAUAGCCUUAAUGCAGGAUUUCCUUAAAACUGAGAAACAAUUCUCCGAAACCUGUGAAACGAAUCCCUUGGCAAAACUCAACCCUCCUUUCGCCUCAAAACUGGAGCCUUUGAAGAUGAUUGAUGAUAUAGAGGAUCCCGAGGAAGAGGCAUACGCUCCCACUUCUCCACAAGCCGCAAAUAAAAUUCCCAUAACUUGCAACUCAAAUCAAUCCUCGGAUCAAGUUGAUGCCAGUGUGCAAUAUGCAAAGGUCUCACCUGGCAUGAUUAUACCACAAACGAAAAAACCUCCUUUGACCAUUGAUGUUAGCCAAAGUCAAGAGAAAAAUUCUUCAAAAACCCCACAAACUCCCAUCUCUCCCAUUUCACCCACCUCGCCAGCCUCACAGCUUUUUAGGACCACCAAACCUUUGGUGGUGUCCACACUUUAUGAGAAAUAUUUGCAUGAUGAUAAAAAGUCUCCCACAGAUCUCCAAGCUCCCAGCAAUAUGAGAUCUAAUAUUUCUAGUGGCAAACCCCAGGAGAAAUCAACACCCCCUCCUGCCAUUGUCACACCAGCAGAUAUGCCUCAUUUGGUUGAAUGUUCUGCCAAUGAGUCCUCACUUUAUAAGUUGGCCUCUUCGGCACCCCAUUCUCCCAUCAGCUCCCCCUCCUCCCCUCGUGGCAACCAAGACAAUUCGGAGGAUCUUGAUUCGGCCCUAUGUUCCAGUAUUUUAACCUCCAUGGCUGCCACUCCCGACUUUGUGAACUUCAAUCGUCAACACACUGUGGAGGAGGAAGUCUGUCAGAAAAUUGAUGUCAACGAGUUGCCGGAGGACAAGCAAAUACCCAUUACCGCCUAUAAGGAAAUCUCCAAAUCAGAUAUCAAACAGGCCCAGGGUGCCUCCAAAGUUAUUUGCAAAAUGCAAGAUGCUGCAGCCACACCUAGUGCAGUUGAAGAGGAAUUGUGUCAGAAGGUGGAUGUGCAUAGUUUGCCCGAUGACAAACAUCAAUACAAGACUGCCUUUAAGGCGGUCUCUCCCUCGGAGAUAAAAAAAUGUGAUAAUAUGUUCAGCACCUUUAGCAGUCCACCCCAUUCUCCCAUAACCGAAGCACGGGCAGCUCACUCCAAGGCCCUAAUAGAGACCUGUGAAAAAAUCAUAGCCGAAGAAAGGGAAGUUAAUAAUCAAUUGAAAUCCACCUUACCCUCCCUGUCGCCCAAGACCACUCCUGUCUUGCAGAAAAAGUCGAAAAUUCCCAAACCCCUACCCAAUUGUUGUCUCACCACCGAAUCCAUGAAUGAGGCUGACCUUAAGGAUAAACCCACGGCAGUGAGCCGUCAAUCUCAACCUUCUUCCCCCAAAGAUGAUGCUGUGAUAGCCCGCAUGCAUGUGGUGGAGACCCAAAUCAAGGUGACCACUACCACUCCACCCACCUCACCGAAAAUUACAACGGCCCCCAAGCCGCAGGCCUCUCCUAAUUUGGGCAAGAAAACUAAAAAUAUUUUCGAUUUUAUAAAGAAAAACUUUGGGGUGGGUCAGCACAAACCAGAAGAGGAACAAAUCGAGGCCACAAAGCCAGUGGUGGAAGCUACAGCCUCCCCUACAACAGAAGCCAAGGCUUUGGUCUUAAGCGAAAAGGAUUUGCAAACCUACAAUCAAGUCAAAUUCGAUGAGAUACACAAUGUGGAUAAUUCCAAAUUCUAUUUGCCAGCAGAUGAUGUAGCUCCCCCUCCUCUACCCAAGACCCCAGCUCCGGUGAAUAUUGAAAUAACCCGCAAGAUAAUCACCGAUGAAAUUCUAGAGGAUGGCAAAACCGAAAUGGAGUUGACCAGCGAGAUUGAUGCUUUGCUGGAUGUGGAAUUGAGUAAAUUGAAUCAUGAAAUUGAGGAACUGGAUAAGGCGGCGGAUGCUACGAAGUAGGGGGUAUACCAACUCCUGUUAGGAGAGAGACGUAGAGAGAGAUAUGAAAGUCACACUAGGCAAAUACUUUGGAAAUGUGUUAAUUUGUGGUGAAGUUGGUUUUUUUUUAAAUUUUCUUAAAAAAAAGAAUUAGGCAGAGCUCAUGGCUUUAAAAAAGGAUUAAAUGUUGGGUUAAUUUGCUGAUUUUGGGAAGAUAGUCCAAAUAAAAGAUCUAACUUGGAGAAGCGUUCAUUUUUAACCCAAUAGCAAACCAAUCCAGACAACCAUUUUUCAAAAAAAAAAUUGUUUUUGAUUAUUAGAAACGUAACGUACAGAACUGUAAUUAAGGAAAUUACAUUUCCGUGUUUUAAUAGAGAAUUUAAACAAUGAUAAUUUGGGAAUAAUUUUUGCCACAUACUGCUUCUGAUUAUUGGAAACGUAACGUAACGGAAAAUUACCUUUUCAAAACCAGAAACAGACAACCAUUUUUUCAAAAAAAAACCAAAUCUACAUUUCCGGAGUUUAGAAGAGAUCCAAAAAUGACAAUUUCUUAUGAUUAUUAAAAACGUAACGUACAGUACUGAAAUUACGAAAAAUUAUAUUUCCGGGUUUUAGUAGAGAAUCCAAAAAUGGUAAUUUGGGAAUAAUUUUUGCCAUCUAUUUCUUGUGAUUAUUGGAAACGUAACGUAACGCAAAAUUACAUUUUCUGGUUUUUAGUAGAGAAUCCAAAAAUGGUCAUUUGAAUAUAAUUUAUGCCAUCAAUUUCUUAUGAUUGUUAGAAACGUUACGUACAGUACUGUAACUUGGAGAAGCGUUAAUUUUAAACUUAAUAGCAAACCAAACAGAACCAGCCAACCAUUUUUUUUUCAAAAAAAAUCGAAAAAUACAUUUCCUGGUUUUAGUAGAGAAUCCAAAGAUGGUGAUUUGGGAAUAAUUUAUGCCACCAAUAUCUAAUGAUUGUUAGAAACGUUACGUACAGUACGAUAAUUACGGAAAAUUACAUUUCCGGGUUUCAGUAGAGAAUCUAAAUAAUAAUUUUUGCCAUAUAUUUCUUGUGAUUAUUGGAAACAUAACGUCACGGAAAAGUACAUUUCCAAACCAGAACCACACAACCAUUUUUUCAAAAACAAAACGAAAUUUACAUUUCCUGGGUUUAGGAGAGUAUCCAAAAAUGACAAUUUCUUAUGCUUAUUAGAAACGUAACAUAUAGUACUGUAAUUACGGAAUAUGACAUUUCCGCAUUUAAGUAGAGAAUCCAAAAAUGGUAAUUUGGAAAUAAUUUUUCCCAUCUAUUUCUUGUGAUUAUUGGAAACGUAACGUAACGCAAAAUUAAAUUUCGGGGUUUUUAGUAGAGAAUUCAAAAAUGGUCAUUUGAGUAUAAUGUAUGCCAAUAAUUAUUUAUGAUUAUUAGAAACAUAACGUACAGUACUGUAACUUAAAGAAGCGUUCAUUUUUAACUUAAUAGCGAACCAAAUCAGAACCAGAUAGCCAAAAAAAUUGAAAAUUACGGAAAAUGACUUUUGCCGGUUUAAGUAGAGAUUCCAAAAAUGCUUAUAUGGGAAUUAUUUAUUCCAUCAAUUUCUUAUGAUUAUAAGAAACGUAACGUACAGUAAUUGCGGAAUAUGACAUUUCCGCAUUUAAGUAGAGAAUCCAAAAAUGGUAAUUUGGAAAUAAUUUUUGCCAUCUAUUUCUUGUGAUUAUUAUUAUUAUUGAGUAUAAUGUAUGCCAAUAAUUAUUUAUGAUUAUUAGAAACAUAACGUACAGUACUGUAACUUAAAGAAGCGUUCAUUUUUAACUUAAUAGCGAACCAAAACAGAACCAGAUAGCUAUUUUCUCAAAAAAAAAAAAAAUUAAAUAACGGAAAAUGACUUUUGGCGGUUUAAGUAGAAGUUCCAAAAAUGCUUAUAUGGGAAUUAUUUAUUUCAACAAUUUCUUAUGGUUAUAAGAAACGUAACGCAUAGUACUGUAAUUACGAAAAAUUACAUUUCUGGGUUUUAGUAGAGAAUCCAAAAACGGUAAUUUGGGAUUAAUUUUUGCCUGUGAUUAUUAGAAACGUAAUGUAACAGAAAUAACAGUUCCGGGUUUAAGCCGAGAGUCCAAAAAUGGUCAUUUGCGAAUAGUUUUUUUUAGGCAAACUUCUCACCUAUCAAUGAGUGCAGUCCUAUUCAAGUUUAAGCUCAAUGAUAAGGUGCUUGCUUUUUAUAGCCGAGUCCGAACGGCAUGCCGCAGUGCGACACCUCUUUGAAGAGAAUUUUUACAUGGCAUAGUACCUCACAAAUGUUGCCAGCAUUAGGAGGGGAAAACCAUCGCUGAAAAUUUUUUCUAAUGGUCUCGCCAGGAUUCGAACCCAGGCGUUCAGCGUCAUAGGCGGACAUGCUAACCUCUGCGCGACGGUGGCUUCCAAUUGCAGAAUUUUGGGUUCUCAUAGGUUUUUAGUAAGUUACGUUACGUUAUCACUAAUUAGGGUCUUCCUUUAGACACACACCAUAGAUUCCAUGUAAAAAAGUGCCUAUUGUUGAAAUUUCCCUAACUUCUCUUUAAAAAUUUCUGAUUAUAUUGUGGCAAUAUUAAUUCAUGAUUUUGUUAAAAGUCAAUUGGUUUGCUGGGUUAUUGGUUCCCAACCAGUUUAGCUGUUUAUUUUCCUCGUUUACAGCCUUAUAUAGGGUAUAUGCUUGCGUUCUUGUUUUGAAAUCAUUAAAAUAAUUGCAUAAUAAUUAUUAAACUUGAAAUUUUCAUAUAUACAAGAAAAUUUACACAAAAAUUAUAUUGGCAUACAAAAAUAAGAGCAGACAAGCAGAAGGCAGUCAAUCGUAUGCCCUAUAGCGUGUGCGGUGAUUGACUUGUAAAUGAGAGGUGAGGCUUGCAAUCAAACAAAUCAGACCACAAAGUAAUGAAAACGUCAAGGAACGGCCAAUUACUGUGACCAUUGGUUGAAAAGAACAAUAAAACAAAAGGCUGGCCCUGAAACCCACGCUCUGAUUUCUGCUACUCCCCAAACCCUCAGCAUAUAAAAAAAAAACUUUCCUUACCGCUCCUAGUCUUUUUGGUUAGGGCAAUAUGCAAACUUGAAAAAAACCCACACUAUAGUCGAGCAUGGUACUUUGAAAAAAAAAAUUUGAAAUCAAAUCAAAGUUCUAAUGUCUGCUAAGACAGCAGUAGAAUUUUGUUCCACGCGCUCAACCCUCGUUUGUAUUUGCAUAGAAAAAGGGAAUUUAAUUAUUGUUAUUAUUUAUUAUUUUUAUGAUGAUUUUUUUUUUUUUUGCCCAACUGAAGUCUUAGCAACAGUCUGCUACUCCUUACGUUUAAUAAUCGGCUUACAAGUCGUCUACAUGUUAAUUUCCAAUUAUUCGCGAAUAUCAAUGUCCAUGUCAUGCAGAAAUGCAAAUGCCGUUUGAUUGAUAAGAGGAAAUAAUUGAACGGAAAAAAAAUCCAAACCUACAUUUUAUUCUCAAAUUUGCAUAUUUUUCCCCAUUGUGAAAUAUGUGUUUUUUUGAAAAAAAAAAAAACAAAAAUCCAACAGCAAUGUUUUUUUCUUUUUUAGUUAUUUUUUUUAUUAAAUAUUAUUUAUAUGUUAUAUAUUUUUUUAAAACUUAUGUAUAUUUCUUUUUUAAAACAUUUAUAAAUUGUUUAUAAAACAAAAAAACACACACACAUAAAUAAAAACAAAUGAACUCUACCAUACCAAACAAGAAAAACCUAUAAAAUGAUGAAACAAACAAAUAUAUGAGUAAUGAAUUUUAUAAUGAAAACCCCAAA